UUUGUCCGCCCCACCAAGCCAGCGAGGCACAGCCGCGCGACCGGCCACCACAGAGCAAGUAUACCGGCCACUGUGGUGCGCUGACUUCCCGCGAUACAACGCGUGAUGCGGUAGUGAGUGAAGUGACUGUGUGUGCUAUGGGCUCUUUUACGUACUUCAGCGCAGGCGCGCUGUUCACAUUGGUUAUAUUGACAGAAUGUUUUGGGGCACACGACCGUUCCCGGCAGCGCUCUGGCCCGAUCAGGAGCGUUCCGGUCGCGGCAAGCAUCAAAAGGGAGGUAGACUUCGAUUGCCCCGAGGAGUUCGGCUACUACCCUCACCCUACCGACUGUACCCUGUACUAUGUGUGCGUGUUUGGUGGCGCGCUGCUUGAAUCUUGCACUGGUGGUCUGAUGUACAGCCACGAACUCCAAACAUGUGAUUGGCCGCGCAACGUCGGUUGCGACGCCACUGGCGCCGUGGUAGCCGAAGACUUGGAGCGACUGAACGAGAGAGAGCCACCCCCGCCUCCCCCGCCCCGCCGCAAUCCCCCACCGCCGCCGCGAGUUCAGCCCAACCCUAUUGUCACUUCACGAGGCCAGCCUAAGUACAGCCGACGAGAAGAAUACGAAAAACAACAACAAUUAUAUGCCGAGGUAGAAGAUCAACUUCCACCAGUCGAAGAAAUCGAGACCGACAGACAACAGAGAGUAUACAGAGGACAACCCUCUACUAUAGGACAGGUUCAAAAGGAUAGAGACGGCUACGCAGCGCAACCUAUUUCCUCUGGACGAACACUGAACGCAAACAUUAUUCCCGCUUCAAUAAAUCAGAACAGUAAAAUCGGAUCAUUUUCAUUUGGCACUCAGGUUGACGAAAGAAGAGCGCAAUCCGCCACCCCUGCACCUCAAACUUACAGCUUGGAGCCAACGGAAAGUGUUACACCAUCCUCAUAUUCCGCUAGCCCACGACCAAAAAUGCUAUACAAUGGUUCUCAAGCUUACAUACCUGACCAAUACGAUCCAUAUUAUGCUGUGUACGAUGAAGAUGGUGAAUUGUACAAAGACACAGAUUAUGAGCAGCAAUAUAACCCAGCCUCGCUCCGCCCGGCAGUGCAGCAAACGUACCGCGGCACGCCGCCGCCCGCGCCGGCUCGCCGACCUGUUGAGACAUACACGCCGAGACCUGUGCUCCCUGACGACUACGAUGAUGCUUUAAUACAAGGACAGAUAUCCAACCAAAACCAGUAUCAAACUUCAAUUAGACAACAGACAAGGGGCGAUGGUAACGAAUUGGGCUAUGAUCAUAUUCCAAGCAGCGUGAGAACGACUAUUUAUGAAGCUAGUUCCUUAAGCACAACUCCCACAACGACUAGCACUACCACUACCACGACCACUACUACCACGACUACUACCACAAAACGUCCAACCACUGCACCUUUCACAGAAGCUAUAACAGUGUCUCGUUACAGCCCCAGAUCGUCUACUGAUGAAAAUUCGUUUCGCGAAUCCGAUCCCAGUGAAAGUUAUAAAUCUUUCAAUGAAUCCCAAUCAACCGUCCCUCCAACAUUAUCCCCUGUCAUAAACUUGUCAUCCCUUGCUAAACCCUUUGAAAAGACUGGUAACUCGAACAGGUUAAGUAAUGACGCAUCUUCUACUACUACUAAUUUACCGACUCGAAGGACAUCAUCAAGAGCACCUGCAAGCAAUAAUAACAACUUUGAACUCGUACACUCUGAUUCUAAUAAGACAAAUAAAAAAAUGAUAUCAUUAACAACUGGUUUUUCUAUUCGUCGAAAUAUUAAUGACACAAAUAAUCCAUAUACUGUAACAAUGCAUACCCAGCCUUUUGUUUCUCAAAAUACCAGAAAUAGCGAUACUAAAAAACACGACAUUCAAAGAUAUUAUUAUUAUGAUUUAAACAAAAAUAGCGAUACUUUGAAAAAGGACGAUGAUGUAUUCAACAACGACCAAAGCCCUACUACACGACGAAAUGAUGCUUGUCUUGAUGUUGAGGAAAUAACUAAAUAUAAAAAGCCAAUUAUCAAAGUAACAUCUACCUCAAAACCAAGAAUUCGAAUAAAUACUACACCCCCACCCACAGAUUCUACCAAGUACUAUUUGAAAACUAUAUUAAAGCGCCCAGCUCUACAACUUAAUAAAUUUGUAAAUAUUGAUCAAUCUACCGAAAAUAAUAUUAAGACCGAUGAACCAGUUGAAUCCGAAUUAGAAGAUAUUAAAAAUGAUUAUAUUUUUAGUCCUUUAGAAUCAAGUACGGAGAAAAUUAAUGAUCAAUUAUAUACCGCUAAUAAUAGACAAUGGGACAAGCCUGUAAUAUCACCGUAUGAAACAUUAAAUAAUUUACGAAACAAAGACACAGAACAAGAUGUAGAUUACUUAUCAACAAGUUCUUCUACUAGUACCACAACAACAACAAUAGCACCAAGGCAAUAUUUAGAAAGAUAUGUAACAGAAAAACACUCACCCCGUAAGUCCUCUUACUAUACAUACCGAGUCGCAGAUGACGAUGUUUUAGAUCAAACAACAGAAAUGUUCAACGGAAGAGUUAAAAAUAUAAUUAAAACAUUUUUUAAUAGUCUACAAAGUACACCGAGUAUAGAAACAUCUUCACCUUUUUCAUCUUCUCCCCGUAAUGAAGAAACUGUUAAUAUAGGAUUCCAAAAAAAGAAAGUUAAAUAUUCAGACGAAAAACCAGUUCGAAAUAAUAUCAAAUAUGUUCAAAUAAUUACAGAACCGGUAACUUUAGCAGAAAUUGCUCCUACUUAUACGACUAUUGCAGAAGUAGUGAAAGAAGCAGAAGAUCCAUUCCUAACAACAUCAACGUUAAAUCCUACAACGACAUUAGUUCAAUUACCACAAGACCAACAAACGCCACCGACUAUAUUAGAGAGUUCAACAGUAAAUGAUAUUGUAAAUAUACAAAAACCUACAACUUUUGAAUCUAAAUUUAGUAAGCUUGUGACUAAUAAGCCACAUACAGAAAAGUCCCAUAAAUAUUCCAAAAUAAUUACUAAAGAACCUACCACCGUAUACCCAAAUAGCUCGCUUUCGAAUGAAAAUGAACCUACAUCCGAAUUAAAUAAUCCUACUGAUAUUUCUAGUACGACACCUGACGAUCUUCAACCUAUUGUUGUAAGUGACAUUGCUUCGACUACUAGUACGACUAAAUCGACAACGACUAUUAAAACUGAGUACGACUUGACGUCGACCAAGUCGACUUUACCUUUCCCAACACGGGUUUCGCGAGUCAAUCCCGCCAUAAAGUUAGCUGCGAAAAACCUCGGAGGUGGGCGCAGGAGUUAUCAAUCGUCGAAUUGCUCAACAGACAACCGUCUGCAAGCGAAUCCAAAAUGCAACGAAAUCAAAUAUCAGAGACCAAGCAGUACCCGCGGACGUGGUUCCGCACAUUACUCUACUUCGGGUGGAUCUGAAACGCCUCAACAAACACCUAACAGAGGAACUCCACCAACACGGAGUCGUCCUACAUUGAAACCAUCGACUGCUAUUGUUUCUAAAACUGCAGAAGGUCCCGAUAUUUACACUAACCCGCCUAGAAGACCGGCACCUGUGUACCCUCAACCUACACCUGAUAAAACUGCAGCCAAAUGUAGAAAGGACGUAUGCCUUCUACCAGAUUGCUUCUGUGGUGGAAAAGAUGUACCCGGAAAUUUACCCGCCGACGAAGUACCACAAAUUGUACUUAUAACUUUCGACGAUGCCGUGAACGAUUUAAAUAAAAUGUAUUAUGAAGAGCUUUUUGAGAGAGGACGAGUUAAUCCUAACGGUUGUCCCAUUACCGCUACUUUUUACGUAUCUCACGAAUGGACAGAUUAUAGUCAAAUACAGAAUUUAUAUGCAGAUGGUCACGAAUUCGCCUCCCACACUAUAUCUCAUAGUUUUGGUGAGCAAUUUUCUCAAAAGAAAUGGAAUAGAGAAGUAGGUGGACAAAGGGAAAUCUUGGCCGCAUAUGGUGGAGUGAAAUUGGAGGAUGUAAGAGGCAUGAGAGCACCUUUCCUCUCUGUUGGUGGUAAUAAGAUGUUCAAAAUGUUGUACGACUCCAAUUUCACGUAUGAUUCAUCCCUGCCAGUGUAUGAAAACAGACCACCCAGCUGGCCAUACACUCUUGAUUAUAAAUUGUUCCAUGACUGCAUGAUUCCACCUUGCCCGACUAAGUCUUAUCCAGGUGUUUGGGAAGUGCCUAUGGUAAUGUGGCAAGAUCUUAACGGUGGCAGAUGCUCAAUGGGUGACGCCUGCGCCAAUCCCCCGGACGCUGAAGGAGUAUAUAAAAUGAUAUUGAAGAACUUUGACAGACAUUACCAAACAAACAGAGCACCAUUUGGUUUGUUCUACCACGCCGCUUGGUUCACACAACCUCAUCACAAGGAAGGUUUCAUCAUGUUCCUAGAUUUCAUCAACAAAAUGAAGGACGUUUGGAUUGUCACAAACUGGCAAGCCAUCCAGUGGGUCCGUGACCCGACACCAAUAUCAAGGCUGAAUAACUUCCAGCCUUUCCAGUGCAAUUACCAGGAUCGUCCCAAGAAGUGUAACAAUCCAAAAGUAUGCAAUCUCUGGCACAAGUCCGGAGUGAGAUACAUGAGGACAUGCCAACCGUGUCCGGAAAUCUAUCCCUGGACAGGGAAGACCGGCAUCAGAUCCUCGCGCAUCGACAACGAAAUAGAAGAGAAAUAAAUGUUAACUAGUAGAAGAUCUCGUAUCCAUCUUUGAUAGUGAUCCUGUGAGAUUUGUAAAAACGAUUUUGAAGCCAAUGAGGCAAGGAUCACUUCACUAGACAUUUAGUAGAAAUUGUGUUGUCACCAACUCGAAGAGUGCCAUGUAGGUUUUGAUGGUCACAAACAAACGACAGUAAACAAUUUCGUUGAAGAUGUGAUUCGAUAUUUUUAGUAAAUACACUAAUUAUUAUUGAUGAUAGUAAAUGCGUAUUGUAUUGGAAACUGUGAUAUUGUAUGUUUUCAAUCAUCUAGGAUGAGAAAUACUUCGAAAACUACCUAAAAUAUAAUUAUUUAAGUAUUUGGUAUUGUAGAAAUAAUACUUGGUGCAAUGAUUGUUUGCAAUACUUGUAUUUUCAUAUUUACGUCUAUUCAAAAUCCUUUAAUUGUAUAUGUUAAUAAUUUUACAAGAAAAAAUCUGAAUUCAAUUUUUACCAAUCAAUUUUCUGUUUUCCGAUAAUUUUAUACAAGAGCCAUAUUAAAAUUUAGACGGUCUUAAUCUUGCCAGCUUUGUGGUUGACACUGCCUUUUUAUAUCUAAUGAAUAAUUGUAAAUAUAAUGAUAGUGUUUUGUAUUAGGGUAAGUAUUUUAGACUUUUAUAGAACGAUGACAAUAUUAUGUAUCGUGAAAUUGGAUCUUUAGGAAGAAUAAUGGAAAAUUCCGUUGCGCAGACGUCUGACUACAUCGAUUUUAAAUGAAGCACAUGUCUCUGCGACUGAAUUGACGAAAUUUCACUUUUAUCCAUUCGUUUUCGUAAAAUAUUAAAUUCAACAUUACGAUGUAAGUUUAUAUAUCAAAUUAGAUUAACGCUUUUGUCUGCUAAAAUGCGAAUUAGAAGGCGCUUGCUAUAAAUUUAUUAUACAGAAGUAAUAUUUAUAAGUAUUAUUGUAAAUAUAGGAUUAGUAUUUAAAAUUGGUAACCAUUUUGUACGAUGAAUUUAUUUGAUUGUGUAUUUUAUAUUUUUACUCACCGGCAAUUUCAUUAUAUCUCGGAUUUAACUAAGACAUUGGAAUAUUUAAUAUUAUAAUUAGUUUCCAUUUGUACUCUGGUAAACUUACUUGUGUAGAAAUGUGAUUGAAUGUCAUGUGCUGAAAAUAAAAUUUAUUUAAUUUAA